AUGCCGUUCGCUCUGCAAACUAACGGAGCAGUUACCAUCGGACGCUCGUCCUUCUCCCACUGCGUCUCGAUCUGCGAUCGGGAUUUUCCGGCCGAGGAUUCCGACUCCAGCUCCGACUCCUCCAUCGGAAGGAACAGCGUCUCGUCGGAAGAAUCCUCUGACCGGGAAGACGCCGGCGAAGUUGAGGUUCAGAGCUCCUUUAAAGGCCCUUUAGAUACCAUGAACGAUCUAGAGGAAGAUUUACCCGUCAAGAAAGGCAUAUCCAAGUUUUAUAGUGGGAAAUCAAAGUCCUUCACAAGCUUAGCAGAUGCUGCAGCUGCAAGUUCUAUGCAAGAGAUAGUGAAGCCAGAGGACCCAUAUGCGAAGAAACGCAAGAAUCUAAUAGCUCGCAAUGCAUCAAUAGAGAGGAGUCGCAGCUGUGCAGGUAACAUCGGUGGAAUAUCAAAGCGACCCUCAAACAUAGGUCGAGGAACAUCUUGUCUCAAUCUGAGCAGUAGUGAAGAGGGUAACAGCUCCUCAUCCAUAUCCCCUCCAUGCCCUCUUCCUCCUCUUCAUCCACGUGCCAACAAUCGGUCAUCACUGCCUCAACCUUCGUCUUCCACACGAAGUUCUCCUUGGAGGUCAUAUUCCUGGUCUGAUCUAAACGCUGUUGCAGAGGCUCAUGAUAUAUCUGGUUUGGCUAUUUGUAGUGGAAACUGA